AAUUCCGGUUGUCAUUUUCCGAUUCUCCAACAUUAAAUAUGGAUAGUACUACAAAAUCAAUACUAGAAAAUUACGAUGCCCGUGUUCCGAAGGAUAACGAUCGUGUGUAUAAAGAUGAAUGUCUUUACUCAUAUGAUUCUCCAGAUUUUGAGACUGGACUUUAUAUUUGUUUAAAAACGUUUGUGGGACUUGGUCGAGACUAUGUUGAACAAUACUACAAAAAAUCUGGAUGUUCAGUUUUCCUUCAUAUGCUUCGAGAUAAAAUUGAGGUUGAAACCAAAAUGACUCAGGUAGGAGAUGCUCCAACUGAACGAAAAAUUACAAGAUUAGCAAUUGGAGUAGAUGGUGGGUUUGAUCCAGACGCAGAAAAUAAAAAGUAUAAAACAGUAGAAAAAUACUCAAUUGUAGUAUUACCAUCAUUUGACUCCAUACCAUUUGAGACUAGCGAGUUACCACAAAAAGUUAUUGAUUCAGUGAAAGGUAUAAUUGAAGCAAAAUCAGCAAAUUAUUUGGCCGAAUUAGAGAAUAUGUCAACUACAUGGGAUGGUGAAAUCAGGCAGACAACAAAACAUGCUAAUAUAGAACAAUUAAAUAAUGGGAAAAAAAUUGCUCCAAGCGGAUGGAAAUGUGAAUAUGAAAAUUGUGAUAAAAAUAAUAAUCUAUGGCUUAAUUUAACUGAUGGUUCAAUUUAUUGUGGACGCAAAUUUUUUGAUGGCUCUGGUGGAAAUGGACAUGCAAAUCUUCAUUAUGAAAAAACUAAAUAUCCACUCGCUGUUAAGCUUGGUACUAUUACAAAAGAUGGUAAAGGAGAUGUGUAUAGUUAUCCAGAAGAUGAUAUGGUGGAAAAUCCAAAUCUUAUAAAACAUUUAUCUCAUUUUGGUAUCAAUAUUUCUACUUUAGAAAAGACAGAGAAAUCUAUGGUUGAAUUAGAGUUAGAUCUCAAUAAAAAAUUUGGUGAAUGGGCAACUAUGCAAGAGAGUGGCAGUGAUUUAAAACCAAUAUUUGGUCCUGGGUAUACUGGUAUUCAUAAUUUGGGCAAUUCUUGUUAUAUGAAUAGUAUUAUGCAAGUUUUAUUCUCAAUACCUGAUUUCACUAAUAAAUACUAUCUAGGAUUAAAAAAUACAUUGGACUUGUGUCAAAAUAACCCUGUUGAAAAUUUUGACAUUCAAAUGGCGAAAAUGGCUCAUGGCUUAUGUUCUGGAAAAUAUUCAAUGCCUCCACCUGAAGUUAUUGAAGGUAAAAAAAAAUACUGGCAUCAUGGAAUAAGACCCAAUACUUUUAAAACAUUGAUUGGAAAAGGUCAUUCAGAAUUUGCUACCAAAAAACAACAAGAUGCUCAAGAAUUCUUUUUGUAUUUAAUAUCAAUAAUCGAGCGUCAUUGUCAGCGAUCUGAAAAUCCUGCUGAAUGUUUCAAGUUCAACAUUGAAGAUCGCUAUCAAUGUUCUUCCACUGGCCAUGUUAAAUAUACUUAUCGUCCAGAAUAUUGUUUACCUUUGUCUAUUUCUCUUGAUGCAGUUAUUAAUAAGAACGAAGUAGCUGCCUAUCAAAAAAAACUUGCUGAAAGUGAUAACAAAAAUGUAGAUGAAAUAAUUCGACCUAGAAUUAAUAUAGCUUCAUGUCUAGAAUCUUUUAUUCAAACUGAAAUUAUAGAACAAUUCUUUAAUGCCGCAUUAAAUCAAAGAACUAUAGCUCAAAAAACUACUAGACUUGCUACUUUUCCGGAUUAUUUAAUGAUACAUUUGAAAAAAUUUACUCUUCGUGAAGAUUGGGUUCCUAUUAAAUUAGAUGUUGCUGUUGAAAUGCCAGAUAUUUUAGAUAUUAGCCAGUUAAGAGGAAAUGGUCCACAAGAAGGAGAAAAUUUACUACCCGAAAUUACUGAUGCACCACCACCAUUUGUAUUUGAUCAAAAUAUAUUAUCUGAAUUAACGCAAAUGGGUUUUCCACCAGAAGCAUGCAAACGUGCUGUAUUUUUUACAAAAAAUCAAAGCUUGAAUGAAGCAUCUAACUGGCUUAUGGAGCACAUUACAGAUUCUGAUUUUGCAGAUGUUUUCAUACCACCCGGAACAGAAACAAAAUCUAGUGGAUUUAUUCCAAAUGAAGAAGCUGCAACGAUGAUAAUGUCAAUGGGAUUCGAACGAAAUCAUGUGAUUUCAGCAUUAAAAGCCACUGAUAAUAAUCUAGAUCGUGCUCUAGACUGGAUUAUGAGCCACGGACCAGAAGAUAUCAACAAUACUGAAGUUCCUGCUAGUUCAUCAUCAACGUAUAGAGAUGGCUCAGGAUCUUACAAGCUUAUAGCCAUCAUUUCUCACAUGGGUAGUUCAUCAAUGGUUGGACAUUAUGUUUGUCAUAUUAAAAAAGAAGGUCGCUGGGUGAUAUUUAACGAUGAAAAAGUAGCAGUAUCUCAAAAUCCUCCUCUUGAUUUGGGUUAUUUAUAUAUUUAUGAAAGAAUUAAUUGUUAAGAAUAAUUUUAGAGAAGUCUAUAAAUUUUAUUUUUACAUCUUAAAUAAUUAUAUUGCUAUAAUUUUUAUAAAAUUUACCUUGUAAUUUAUAUAUUUAAUUAUCUUUUUAAUGUAUAAAUACAAAUUGUGUUCAUGCAUAUAAAAUAAGUGAUAAAUAUUUUUGAUUAUUUUGUUAUUUUGUGUAAUAAAUAAUUUUUACCUAUUAUAAAAAAAUAUGAUGUACUAGGGGCAACAUAAAGAAUUUAUAUAAAAUUUGAAUACAUAUUUAAAGAUCCACUGUUCCUGUAUUGUACGCUCAUGGUGUAGCUUUAAUCUUUGAACAACACUAUAAGCUACGUUGAGCAUUUUUUUUAGCAUUCAGCUACAUUGUUUUUAAAAACAAUUAUAUUAAUGUAUUAAUUCAAAUAAAAAUUAACAAUUUUAAGAAUAUACUUUACAAAACAAUAAAAAAUCUUAUGUUGCUUA